GGCGCGGGCGGCCGCCAGCAGCGAGCGGGGCCCGAGCGCCGAGCCCGUCCCGCGGCCCCGCCGGAGCGCUCGGCCUCGGCGCGCCCCGAGAUGAGCAGCCCCGAUGCGGGCUACGCCAGCAGCGACGACCAGGCGCAGGGGCGGUGCUCGCUGCCCAUCAUGAUGCCGGCCGUGGGCCCCUGCCCGUGGGCAGGGUCGCUGAGCCCGCGGGGCGAGGGGAAGGCGAAGAGCGAGGCGGCGCCGUCGGGGGCGGCGGGCGGGCGGAGCAAGAGCGAGGCGCGGAUCCGCCGGCCCAUGAACGCCUUCAUGGUGUGGGCGAAGGACGAGCGCAAGCGGCUGGCGCAGCAGAACCCGGACCUGCACAACGCCGAGCUCAGCAAGAUGCUGGGUAAAUCGUGGAAGGCGCUGUCGCUGUCGGAGAAGCGGCCGUUCGUGGAGGAGGCGGAGCGGCUGCGGGUGCAGCACAUGCAGGACCACCCCAACUACAAGUACCGCCCGCGGCGCCGGAAGCAGGUGAAGCGGCUGAAGCGGGUGGAGAGCGGCUUCGUGCAGCACGGGCUGGCGGAGGCGGCGGCGGCCGGUCUGGGCGGCGAGGUCGGCGUCAGGAUGUGCGCGGAGGGGCUGGGGCCGCCCUACGGCGAGCAGGGCUACGCGUCGAGCCAGUACCGGGAGCGCCCGCCGCCGGGCGCCGCCUUCGACGGGUACGGUCUGCCCACGCCGGACCCGUCGCCGCUGGACGCGGCGGAGAGCGAGGCGCCGUUCCUGGCGGCGGGGCUGCGGGAGGAGUGCGCGCUGGCGCCCUACGGCUACGCUCCGCACGCGGCGGCCGAGUACCCGGCGGCGGGCGAGGGUCCGGGCGGGUCGCUGCAGGCGCUGCUGGGCUGCCCGGCGCCGCCGCACGCCUACUACGGGCAGGCAUGCCAGCCGCCGGGCCCGGGGCGCGGGCCGCCGCCGCUGCCGCCGCCGGGGGCGCUCGGGCAGCCGUCGCCCCCGCCCGAGGCGGCGCCGUGCCGGGAGCCGCUGGAGCACUUGCCGCAGGAGGAGCUGCUGGGCGACGUGGACCGCGCCGAGUUCGAGCAGUACCUGCGCUUCGCCUGCAAGCCCGAGCUGGGGCUGCCCUUCGCGGGCCACGACGCCGCCGGGCUGCCCGAGGGCGCGGCGCCGCUCUCCUCGGCCGUGUCGGACGCCAGCAGCGCCGUCUACUACUGCGGCUACCCCGGCGUGUGAGGGACCGGCCGCGCACGGACGGACUGCCGGGGGGCGCCCGCCCCGCUCCUAUUUAUCUAAUUUAUUGGAGUCUUGAGAACUGACCGGGUUGCCGUGACCUGCUCGAGGUUUAGGAGGAGACACGCCGUCUGACCGUCCACCUGCGGCAGGUGUUGCCAUCGCUGUCCGGCGGUGACUCGUAAAACUGUUCCUGCUGUGGAAUCGUGAUCCUUUUUACCCACGUGGGAAACUAUUUCUGGGAUCUUGUUAGAGAUCCGUGUGCUUUUGUAAUUUGUACAGAGUGCUCGUUUUUAUAUGUUGGAUUUGUACAGAAUAAUUUUGCACUUUUACAAAUAAACAGAAAAUAAUAAAACUUGUCGCUGAUAUCUCCUGGAAGAGAAAUUAUCGUCCUUUGUAAUCCAUUAUUAUUUCUUUUUUAAGUACUUUUACUAAUGUCACUUACACCGAGCAAUAGAUCCUCUCACCCCUUCUGUAGACACAGCCUUCUUCCUUCUCUUUUGCUCAACGUAGAAACAAAUUUUAAGCGUUCAGAAACUGUCUACCCCACGCUGUUCUUUAAUUUGUUGUAUAUUCGCUUUUUGUUUACUUUAUUGGUGGUUUUUUAGACUUUUAAGUAAUAUGACUGAAAAAAAAGAAAAAAAA